GGCUCAUAUCUUCAGCUUUGGAAAAAUCAGCUAUUUCAAGGUCAUGGCAAAAGAAAGGGUGGUCCAUGGCCAAGACAGACAAAGUGUUGAGUUGUUGGAUAAUCCAGUGCUAUCUAAAGGAUACUGGAAAACUCAGGCAGCUAUUUAAGCUACAUGUACCAUCCCACAGGCCCCAUAUUUUUCUGGCCCGCUUCUCUCAUACCUCUUAACUUCAGUUGGUCUCAUGGCUCUCAGAGUCAGCCUGGUAAUUAGAACACUGGGGCCUCAGGUCAGGCUGUGUCUAGUGCUUUCAAUUCUGUUGUUGGCUGAAAUUCCAUCUGUCAAGAAGGUUUUGCAGUCAGCCAUUCGAUAGUAGAAGAGUUAGCCCAUGAAACUGGAUUUCCUGCAUAUCUGGAAAGAGGAGCACCCCUGGAGAUCUGACAUGCUCUGUGAAAAUUAGGGGUUAGUUUUUGCUAUUCCUGGUUAGUCUUUGCUGAACCUAAUGUAUUUCAACAUUUGAGGAUAAAACACACACACACACACACACACACACACACACACACACACAGAAAAAAUUUCUCUAUAAUUUUAACGAACUUAAGUAACUUCAUGGCAAGAGAAUCUAAUCAACAUUAAAUUAUUUACUUCCCUCCAAAGUAAUUUCCUCUCUGUCAAUGUACAGACAUGCAUUUUUACUUACUUAUAAUUAGUGUGAACAUACUUGUUUUUGUUUAAGAAAGGUUUUCUUUACCUUGGCAUUCAGAUUUGUUUUCAUAGGCGAAGAAAACACUGAGAAGGAGAAGGAACUGUCACUGGAGAGUUGGGAGGAUUAUGUGGGGUCAUACUAUCCCAGAGUUAAAGAAACCUUAAAGGACCCUAAACUCCUCCCCAUAUUUCCCCUGACCGCCAUUCUAGACUAAAAGUUACUGGACCAGCUUUCCCAUGCAAGCAAGGGCCUCGCUGGAUCUCACCCCACAGCACCAAGGGUAGGCUCUCCCUUCUAAAGAAUGAAAUCCCAUCCUGUGGGUCUGCUAGGGUCCACUUGCCUGUCCUGGGCCUGCACCCUUGUCUCCUGCUUUAGUGGGUUGUUAGGUUAUCUAAAUGGUGCCCCACACAGGAAGGAAGUGGAAAGGAUGCUGUCUGGGACAGUCCUUUAUACCCUUCCCUCGAAUGUCCUUUCUUUUUAAAAGUGUAAUGAAUUACAAACCGAUGGUUUCCUAUCUAUCAAAGCAUAAUUUGCCAGUCCCUUUUCCUAAAUCAAGGAAGUAGUGGAGUUAGGUUUAAUUAAAACCGACAGCUAUUUGUACAGCUGUCCCUGGGUUCAUGGCUCGUAAAAGGAUUUAGCUUCAAACUUUGCUGCCUAAGUCGUUUGGGAGUUUCACACAAAACCAUUUAGGUUCCUUAUCUGGGCAGUACCUGGCCCACGCUUCCCCAGUCACUUCAGGAGCAGGCCUCAUGGGCUGUGCCCUGAUGCUACUUCCUCUGUCAGGGUCUCCUGAGCACAUGUGGCACGGGGCAAAGCAGAGAACUGCAGAACUUGGAGAUACACAAGUCACCUUUUGUUUGGGGUACUCCAGGCCUUGAAGGCUUUUCCAUGAAGUUCCUGAAAAUUCCCCUAGGGCUGAGAAAGGCAGGGAGGAGGAUCAGGUACAGUCUUCCUCUGUGAGCUUUUCUCAGGUUCUUCACAGUUUCACUCCAGGGUGGGUCUUUUACAUGCCCUCUUCCCAUCCCCCAGGGCGUGAAUGGUCACUGGCAGAAUCCUUCAAAGAGAUAGGGGCGGGGUAAUACCGUGAAUCGAUGCAUCCGCACAAAGCGGCACCUUUUCCUGGCAAAACCCUGGAGGGGUUGAAGAACCAGAGCUCAGCAUUUGGCUGAUCUUCAAGUGCACACGGAGCAGCGCUUCUAGCAGCCUUGGGUCGGAACAAGAAGCUUCAGACUUGAAGCGAAUGCAGGCGCCAGCGGGGGUCACAGACUGCGGGUCAGGGGUGGAACAGGCCCCACAAGGCAAGAGGCAAGGAGACCCAGGAGUUGCGGGUUAGGAAGCGUGACCCUGGCGACCCCAAACGCCCCCGCCUCCCUCGCUUGCUCCUUCAUCUGCCUGCGGAGCGCACAGAGCCGCGGCGGAGGCGAUGGCCAGCCCCGCGCCCUUAGUUGCCUCCAUCAGCCACCAAAUGGUGGCUUUGCAAACCCUGCAGCUGCUGCAGCAGGAGUGGGGCUGGGGUGACGGUCCGGGCGCGCCCAGGAGCCCGCAGGACCCGGAUCUUGUGUCUGCCGCCUCAGUUUGUCGCUCAGGCCCGUGGCCGGCCCGGCCCGGGCUUGGGCGUGAGGAGGGCGGCGGGGGCAGGGGGUCCUGGAAUGAGGGGUCCGGGGCGAGCUCCCCCGAGGUAGAGGUGGUGCGAGGUGCAGAGGGGGGCGCGCAGCUGCUGCCCUUCCCAAGGGGCCGCGGGCCCUGCACCCUGGCCCGGAUAGCGAUGCGUAGUGCGCUGGCCCGCGUGGUGGACUCGACCUCGGAGCUGGUCAGCGUGGAGCAGACGCUGCUGGGCCCCCUCCAGCAGGAGCGGUCCUUCCCCAUCCACCUGAAGGAUAGCGUUGAGUUUAGAAACAUCUGCAGUCAUUUGGCUCUACAAAUUGAAGGACAGCAGUUUGACAGAGAUUUGAAUGCUGCCCACCAGUGUUUGAAGACAAUAGUCAAGAAGCUGAUUCAGUCACUUGCUAACCUUCCUUCCGAUGCUCAUGUGGUAGCCUGUGCUUCCCUGAGACAGAUCUUACAGAAUCUCCCAGACAUAUGAGUUUUCAAGACACUGGAAUCAAAACCACAGCUUAGCACUGCUAAGAGAACCGGGGACCUUACCUACCUAAUUAAAUCAGCAGACAAUGGGUGUUUUUAUUCUCACUAAGGAGGCACUUGUUAACAUAUAUAGCAGUCUGACCAGUGGCAUCUGCAACCUUCAGAAUUACAGCAUGUUGGUGAAAACAUUUUAAAACAGUACUUCACAUUUUUAAAUAUGUUGAUAUAUUUGCUGACUUUUUGAUUGAAAUGUAUUCCACUUUGUGGAACUGAUUGGAGUCUAUCUGUGUAUAUAUAUUUAUUAUUCAUAUUAAGUAUAGUUUUAAUUGAAUGAUUCAUGAAUCUAUUCACAGUAAUGUAGGCCUAUGAGGUAUAAUAUGGUUAUUUAUACGAUUAAAGCUCCAGGGUUCUUAAAAUUAUCUUGAAUAAAUGGGAUAUUUGAUAAUAGAUAUGUUCUACUUACUGAGCACUUCAUUUUUUGUUAUGAGAAUGAUCUUUCGCUGUUGUAGGACCACAUGUGUCAGUAAUUAUGAGUUCCAAUCCUGGCAUUAGUAACUUAUUGUUGGGCAGGAGAAGAGCUGCUUCUAAGCCUUGUGCUUUCAUAUAUUGAUUUAUAAAUUUAAAAUGAUAAUGAACUAUGAAGUACCAAGGAUAUAUGAUAUAUAAAUACAAAGUACAGUGUUAUUAAAGUUAUGUGGAAACAUCUAGCUCUUCUCACUGUUUCUAAAUACUCCAGUUGAAGUAAGAAAUUCUUGUGAAAGAAAAGGAGGGAGUGGAUAUACUGGCAGGUUUCCCUAAACAUUUAGAGCAAGGAAAAAAAAGGGCAACGUUUUUUGCAACAAUAGUCUGCACUGGCUUAGGAAAAACUGAAUCCCCUGUUGUUUAAUGAUGACUGUGUUGAGAACCGAAGUAAAUUGAAAUGCUACCUUUUACUUAACAUUUUAAUAUAAACGACACCAGAUUUAGGAAAAAAAAGAAUAUGAUGUAUAUGUGCAGCUUGUUUUCUAAGGGGAUUAUAAACUGGGUCUGUAUGGUGAUAGUAUAUCUG